CUUACACCUAAUCCCAUACUAGGCAUAUAUAAUGUACUAUCUAGAUAUCUUGAGGGCUUUCCAGAUAUGAUCGACCAAAGCGACCAUCUCAAGCGGACAUUGCGUCACGAUGGCAACUAUUCUCGUCCAAAACAUCAGCGACAAGAAGACAGCUACAGAGUCAACUAUCUCACUUGAUAGUGAUGGCGUACCGCCAUUAGGAGCUCCGAAGCAGGAGAAGCGUUUUUGGUUCCAACGUACAAAGGACUUCGAUAUCAACGCGAUUGCGACGCAGCCAAGUGUAUUUGAUGAUCCUCAGACGGCGGAAAAAUACCAACCCCGCGAUGACUGGGAGAACUUGCACCGGUUCGAUCCCAAGGCGCGAUGGAAAUGGGCGGAGGAAUAUGCCAUCGUCCGGAAGAUAGACUGGAGAAUUAUGAUCUGGGCAUGUGUCAUGUUCAUGGCACUCGAGCUGGACAGGGCGAACCUAGCACAAGCUCUCACAGACAACUUCCUUAAUGAUCUUCACUUUUCUACAAACGAUUACAAUCUCGGAAACACGGUGUUCAAGUUAUCUUUUCUCUGCGCGGAAUUACCCUCGCAACUUGUGUCGAAGUGGAUGGGACCCGACCGAUGGAUUCCAAGCCAAAUGGUGCUGUGGUCUAUCGUAGCUGGCGGUCAGUUUUGGCUUUCGGGUCGGAGCUCGUUCUUGGCUACGCGAGCUUUGCUAGGAAUACUUCAAGGCGGAUUUAUCCCUGAUGUUAUCUUAUACUUAUCGUACUUCUACAAGCAUCAUGAACUUACCAUCCGGCUCGGAUUCUUUUGGACUAUGAUGAGCGUCGCUGAUAUCCUCUCUGCGCUCAUCGGUGCUGGCCUGCUGAAGAUGCGAGGAGUCCUCGGGUACGCUGGCUGGCGCUGGCUUUUCUUACUGGAAGCCUUAAUAACCCUGAUUGUUGGGUUAUUCUCAUUUGUCCUGAUGCCGGCCGGCCCCUGUCAGACUGCUAGCUGGUUCAGAGGGAAGAAUGGUUGGUUCACGCCACGGGAGGAGACUAUAAUCGUCAACCGAGUCCUACGGGAAGACCCAAGUAAGAGCGGCAUGCACAAUCGCCAACCGAUCACACCGAAGCUGUUAUGGAAAUGUCUUAAAGAUUUUGACCUUUGGCCACUAUACAUCAUCGGGUUUACUUUCCAGAUCCCCGCUGUUCCGGAGCAGCAGUACCUAACCCUGUCCUUACGACAAAUGAAUUUCGAUACCUUCUCGUCAAACCUCCUGUCUAUUCCAAAUACGGUAAUCCACAUCUUCACGAUGCUUGCAAACACGUACGCGGCCGAAAUAUUCGGCAACCUCACCCUUGUUGCAGUGGUCGGGCAAUUCUGGAUUCUGCCGUUCUUAAUAUAUCUGAAUGUGGCCGACACGUCGAGUGCUAGCAGAUGGGUCAUCUGGACCGUGACAACUCUCCUGCUUUCAUAUCCAAAUGCCCAUGCCAUCCAAGUCGCCUGGAACUCGAGAAACUCAAACACCGUGCGAUCCCGCACAGUCUCAGCCGCAUGCUACAACAUGUUCUGCCAAGCCGGCGGCAUCAUAGCAUCGAACAUCUACCGAGCAGACGACGCGCCCCUCUACCGACGCGGCAACAGGCAGCUCAUAGGCAUCCUUGUGGGAAACAUCGGGAUCUACGGUCUGACCAAGGUCUACUACGUCCUCCGAAAUAGGUACAGGGACCGGAAGUGGAACGCGAUGACUGCCGAGGAAAAAUUGGACUAUCUCUCGACGACAACUGACGAGGGAAAUAAGCGCUUGGAUUUCCGGUUCGCGCACUGAUAUAAUACUGGUAACUAGGCGUUCGUACUCUACUAGAUAGGUAUGUAGGUAUCUACCUCUGUCUAAGUGUCAGGGGUUUACGGGCUAUGUAUAUCAAGGGGAGUCAGAUCCGUUGUUAGAGAAUAGAAUAUCCGGGGGUAUCAGUUCAACAUAUAACAUCCGUCAAGGGGAUAAGCCUUCUGAUGCUUAUUUCUCUAAGGCCACCGCUUCAAUGUAAC